AAAUGUCUCAUGGCAAGAGUAAUUUCCAAUGCUCAUGAUACCUCUGUCUCGAUCCGGUUACUCCCCACCAUGGACCUCCCGUCUACACAAAGUAUCACCGGAUCUCCCUCCCCCUCCAUGCCCUCUCCGGGUCAUCCAACCCCUCUCACUUCACUUGCUCCAUUGGCGCGGUCUCAGGCUCAGAACACGUCCCCAAAUACUGGGGCAAGUGUAACAUCUUCUCACCAAAAUGCACCUACUGCAACUACCACACGCCAACCGGAUAUCCCAAUUCCAACUACGAAUGUCCGUAGCCUACAACGCCAGUCCAGUCGGACGUUCUCUACAGUUACUGCAUCACCCAAAGGCAAGGAACCUGCUGAACCACACCCUGAGGCAUGCUCUAGCUCAUCACCUGCUAUCGAGCCUGCUGAAAAAGAGGCCUUUGAGUCCCUCAAUCUCACUCCUCCGCCCCCAUCCGAAACUGCCACCCAAGCACGAAAUCGGACCAACGACAACGUCGCUCGUCUGGCUGUUUUUAUUCAUCACAUGCGCCAGGGUGCUGAAAGCGAACGUCGACUUGUUGUUGACAACAUGCAGGACCUAGCAGCGGUUCAAGCCUCCCUCCGUGAAGCCUUCGAUACUCGCAUGAAUGAGUCGGGGAUGUGCUCAGAUGUUCCAGUCUCUCAAGCACCAACAAUGCCUCCCACUCUCGCAGUCUUUGACGAGUGGAAGGACAUGCAUGAGGCAGUUCACACUAUUAUGGAGGUCAAUCGUGAACAUUCCAAUGUGACGAACCUACUCCAGUUACAAAUGGGGGAAGUUCGGGAUCGUGUUCCUGAACUGGAGAAAGAAAUUGCAGAGUUACGUGGUCGCCUAUCUCAAGCAACGCUGCACUCGCCGCCACCGCCGCUGCAACCCCUCCCUCCUCUUGCUUCCAAUCUGAUCCCUGCUGCUUCACUCUUUACAUCCCCCUAUUCAGCGAUGCCUAAACAUGCUACAGUGGACUUUGCCCAGCCUGCGGCUAAGCGUGCUCGCCACGAUCCUGCAUACACGGACGUCUUGGUAGAGGGGGUCAAGUCUGACGAAGGCACUGCUAGCCUUGUCAGGAAGAUACUUAAUGCGACAAACACUGCCUUUCCCACUGUGAUCGCAGGGUAUCGUAUGAACGACCCGAGUCUACCGCCUCAUGUCGUCGUUCGUUUCAAGGCAGCAGAUUCUGCUUCCCAAUUUGUGUGGAUUGUCACCGAGCGCUGCCCAAGAGGCCUUCAAGGCUGUCGUGUUUCACUUAUGCAGCGUCCCUCUCCUCAGUCUACGCACUCUUAUGAGUUCCUUCAGCCCAAGAAUAGUGGUGUUGGCAAUCAACAAAGCAUACGAGCCCCCGGUUAUGGUCCUCCGGAUGAUAUUUCCGGACUGGGAUCUGGUCCCAUGGGAUGGUGA